UCGACCACGCGACUGCUAGCUCUGCAGCACGUGCGACGCGGUGCACGAACGUGCCACCUGCGGCGAGCCUACAAAGUCAGGGAUGUCAUGGUCGAAGGUCGCUUUCGGGGCGGCGAAGUGUGCGAAGGGCGUCGUGGAGCAUGAGACGGCUUUGAAGACAGCUCUCAAGGGAGGCAUCACAGUCGUCGACACCAGCGCGAAUUAUAUGGGCGGAAACAGCGAGCUCUUGGUGGGUGAGGGAGUCGACCGGUGGCUAGCCUCUGGCGAAGGCAAAGACAAGAGUCUAACGGUGGUGUCCAAGUUCGGCUACGCCGCGGCGGGCUCGAAACUCCCAGGAGUAGCGCACGUCGCGCCCGGUCUCUCCCACUCCCUCCACCCAGAUUUCUAUCGACACGAGCUGUCGGCUUCCACCGGUCGCUUGGGGGCCACCGAGAUAGGCGCGUACCUCGUGGAGCACCCGGAGCACCACCUCGCCCUCAAGCUGGGACUCGCCGGCGGCGAGAACGCCUCCGCGACCGCGGACGGUGGCGGUCCGCCCCCGCCUAGCCAGGUCCAGCUAGACGAAGCUCGGGGCUCGUUUUACGAGGAGAUGACGGCCUUGUUUCAGGCGAUGGAGGGGCAAGCAGAAAGAGGGAUGGCGUACGGGGUGAGUUCGUUGGGCCUGUCGCUACCCACGUGGGACCCGAUGCACGUGUCGUGGGAGAAGCUGGUGGAGUGCGCGGAGCAGGCGGCUUCCAGGGCUGGGCGAGACCGGCACGCCUUCAAGAUCGUGCAGAUGCCCGCUAACCUGCUUGAGGUCACUGGGCUUGCCACGGCUCCGGCGAUGCAGAAGGCUGGUCUGAAGGUCAUGGCAUGCCACCCGCUUCGGGCGGCCACACCGGAAGGCAAGUUCGAGCUAGUGGACGACGCGCUGAGAGGAGGUCUGCCGACGGAUUACAUGGACGUGUGCAGGGAGGUGCUGCAUCACUUCAACCUAGAGAUCCCCGAGGACCGGGAGCCCACAGAAGAAGAGGAAGAAAUUAGACAGGGGUGUCGUUUCCUUCAGCAGCUGGUGCAGGAUAUGAACGCGCAGCUCACGACCUUCACCUCCCUGGAACACUACGAGGCGGAGCUAGGGGGAAGCAUUACUCCCAUGAUAGCAGACAAGUUCGAAGCCCUCGACGACGACUCGGCAGAUCUGUUACAGAAAUUUUUCGAUCGCUACGGUAAAAUGGUGCGAUACAGCUGCGCGCAGAGGGUGCGAGAUAUGGCGACGACUGGGGAAGGCUGUCCAAGUGGGGCCCAUUUGUUGGCUGAUUCGGAGCCCCUCCAAAUUUACGCUCUUCGCUGGUUGAUGGGUAGCCCGGGGGUAGGCUGCACGGUGGUGGAGAUGGAGCAGCCAGAAAAAGUUGCAGAGGGGUUCGCAGCUCUGCGUCAAGAUUGACCAACGGUGGACAUCUACACUCUUGAUGUGUGUUUUUCUACUCUCUGGAGACGUGAAAUUGCGGGACUUGACUGGUUUUUGACGGAUCAGAAAUGGAAAGCGGACGAGCGAUUGGUGCAACUGAACAAGUUACAUCAAGUUGUAGAAAGAGGCACUCCUGGAUGUUAGAGAGAUCUCCGGUGGCCACAUUUUUAGUGCCGGCACUGCUUUUCUUUCGACAGGGCUGAGUGGUUUCUGUUUCUUGCCUCGAUCAAGCCGAAGCCUCCAAUAUCCUCUCCGUCAUAUAUCAAUGAAUUGGAACCUGACCCCCCGACACGUUGAGUAUUCGUCUUUCUU